AUGGCAGACGUCGAAAUGGAGAACACGGAUUACGAUCCAGACCCAAUCGUGUCCUCAUAUGACAUCUAUAUCAAACCUCAACUUGCGGGGAAUCUCCAGAUGUACAUCCUGCAAUUCCCCAAUCGCGAUUCAAGACAGCAGUACAACAGAGCCAAAAACUCGGAGCCACUCAAGAUGCGAAUCAAGCCAAAUGCGGGAAUGGUAGAGCUGGAUGUGCCGAUGGAUGCUCAUAUAAAUUAUGACAAGAAGAAAGGCCUGGCAUGGGGUGGUGCAAUGAAGAAGAGUAUGGAGUCCAAGGGAACCGGGAGUCAUGGUUUGCCAGGAGGAUUUGGAAUUGGAGCAGCACCACCAAGUGGCAGAGGGCGAGGACGAGGCGGUAUCGUAGACCAGGAAGCAAUACAGAGCCAGAUUUUGGCUGAUUACCAAAACGCCGUUCGGAACGAGAGGGUGCUGGUCAAGCAGACUUUGGGAGGACAGGCAAUGGCAAAGGAUGACACUACACCACAGUAUAUGAUCGGAACUUUCUCUUCAAACGAACUUCAUCUUACUCCAGUCGACAAUGUUGUACAAAUGCGCCCUCAAUUCCACCAUAUCGAUGCGCAAUCGGAGCAAGAUCGAGCAGGUCGGGCUCGAGACCCUGCAGCUGGACCUAGAGCUCCCCCAGAUGCCCGUGCUAUACACAUGACUGUCAAAUCCAAUGUCGAUGGGGAAGAAGAUACGACUGACACCAUGGCUGCACGAAUUACGCUCGCUCAAUCAGAAGCCUGGAAGAGCCACCGCUAUGUUGACGAAGAAGAGGGAGAGUGCUGGGAGGGGUUUGACCAGCACCUGUUCGUGGGCUCCAAGGCCGCCGAGAGCCGUGAUGAAGAAAUGAUGGGAAAGCCGAAAUUGUUGAGUUGCUUGAAUAAUGCGGAGUAUCUGAAUGAGAUCAGUGCACCAAUGGACGCAGCAAAGUUGUCGAGAAGUCAGAAGGUCAAGAAGGGAAAGGGGAAAGGAAAAGAGAAAGUCGUUGAAGGAGAAGGUGACGGAGCUGAAAGCGACACUCUGGAUGCGAUAUCAGAUCCAUCUAUGUCAGAUACUGAAGACGAGGACGUUGCUCCAGCACCAAAAGUAUGA